GUAUAAAUAUAUCAGCUUUGCCACAGAAAACCCUAAACACUGCUUUUCUUUUGUAUCAUUGUAUAAUACGUAAUAGUCUCAGCCGCAUUCUUUUAAAACAGCGGCGUUUUAGCUUGUUAUUACAUAAUCAUGGCCGGAAAAGGAGAGGGACCUGCCAUCGGAAUAGAUCUCGGCACGACAUACUCAUGCGUCGGAGUAUGGCAACAUGACAGAGUGGAAAUCAUAGCUAACGAUCAGGGAAACAGAACGACGCCGUCUUAUGUUGGUUUCACUGACACCGAGCGUUUAAUCGGUGACGCUGCUAAGAAUCAAGUCGCCAUGAACCCAAUCAACACCGUCUUCGAUGCAAAGAGGUUGAUUGGUAGGAGAUUCUCUGAUGCUUCAGUUCAGAGUGACAUCAAGCUAUGGCCUUUCAAGCUUAUUCCAGGACCCGCUGAUAAGCCUAUGAUUGUUGUCAACUACAAAGGUGAAGAUAAGCAGUUUGCUGCCGAAGAGAUUUCUUCAAUGGUGCUCAUUAAGAUGCGUGAGAUUGCUGAGGCUUUCCUCGGUACCACCAUUAAGAAUGCAGUGGUUACUGUCCCUGCCUACUUUAACGACUCUCAGAGGCAGGCAACCAAGGAUGCCGGUGUUAUUGCUGGUCUUAAUGUUAUGCGUAUUAUUAACGAGCCCACUGCUGCUGCUAUUGCUUAUGGUCUUGAUAAGAAAGCUACCAGUGUUGGGGAAAAGAAUGUCUUGAUCUUUGACCUGGGUGGUGGUACUUUCGAUGUUUCUCUUCUUACUAUUGAAGAGGGUAUUUUUGAGGUUAAGGCUACUGCUGGUGAUACUCAUCUUGGAGGUGAGGAUUUUGAUAAUAGAAUGGUGAAUCAUUUUGUUCAAGAGUUUAAGAGGAAGAACAAAAAAGAUAUCUCUGGAAACCCUAGAGCUCUCAGAAGAUUGAGGACUUCUUGUGAAAGAGCAAAGAGAACUCUUUCAUCAACUGCUCAAACUACCAUUGAGAUUGAUUCUUUGUAUGAGGGUAUUGAUUUUUACUCGACUAUUACCCGUGCUAGAUUUGAAGAGUUGAACAUGGAUCUUUUCAGGAAGUGUAUGGAACCUGUUGAAAAGUGUUUGAGGGAUGCUAAGAUGGAUAAGAGUACUAUUCAUGAUGUUGUUCUUGUUGGUGGCUCUACUAGAAUUCCCAAGGUUCAACAGCUAUUGCAAGAUUUCUUCAACGGGAAGGAACUUUGCAAGAGUAUCAACCCUGACGAAGCUGUUGCCUAUGGUGCUGCUGUCCAGGCUGCUAUUUUGAGUGGUGAAGGUAAUGAGAAAGUGCAAGAUUUGCUUCUAUUGGAUGUUACCCCCUUGUCACUUGGUCUGGAAACUGCUGGUGGUGUUAUGACUGUUUUGAUACCAAGAAACACCACUAUCCCCACAAAGAAGGAGCAGGUGUUCUCCACCUACUCUGAUAACCAGCCGGGUGUUCUUAUCCAGGUUUUUGAGGGCGAGAGAACAAGAACGAGGGAUAACAACUUGCUCGGAAAAUUUGAGCUAUCUGGCAUUCCUCCAGCACCAAGGGGUGUACCUCAGAUUACCGUCUGUUUUGACAUUGAUGCAAACGGUAUCCUGAAUGUCUCAGCAGAGGACAAAACCACCGGACAGAAAAACAAGAUCACCAUCACAAAUGACAAGGGUAGAUUGUCCAAGGAAGACAUUGAAAAGAUGGUUCAAGAGGCGGAGAAGUACAAAUCUGAGGAUGAGGAGCACAAGAAGAAGGUUGAAGCCAAGAAUGCCUUGGAGAACUACUCUUAUAACAUGAGGAACACCAUCAAGGAUGAGAAGAUCAGUUCUAAGUUGGACGCUGCUGACAAGAAGAAGAUUGAGGAUGCAAUUGAUGGAGCCAUUCAAUGGCUAGACGGCAACCAGCUUGCCGAGGCAGAUGAGUUUGAGGACAAAAUGAAAGAACUGGAGAGCCUUUGCAACCCCAUCAUUGCCAAGAUGUACCAAGGUGCCGGCGGUCCCGACAUGGGAGGUGGCAUGGAUGACGAUGCUCCUCCAGCUAGCGGUGGUGCUGGCCCUAAGAUUGAGGAAGUCGACUAAGGUGCCUAUUUAAUGGUUCCCUUUUUUUGCCAUGUUGGCCAUGAGCUUUAUAAUUUCUCUGUUUCCGUUUCAUCCCCUAGCACUCCUUUUAAACAAUUUUUUUGGAAUUAGUAAUUAAUGGAAAUGUUUUUCCAGCA